AUGCAUAUCAUCAUUAUUGGCGCCGGUCCAGCGGGCCUCGCCGCCGCCCUCGCACUCUCCCAAACCACCAUCCAAGGCUCGCCGGUCCGUAUUACUAUUCUCGAACUGCGCCCAAAAGUUGAAACGCUCGGAGGAACAAUUAUGCUAACACCCUUGGCGCUUCGCUACCUCGAUGCUCUUGGCGUCGGAUCACGAUUACGAAAGCUGGGUAUCCCGAUCCGAGGUGUCGACGUCGUGGCUCUUCGAACUGGUCGCACACUGGGGCAGAUGUCCCCGGGAACGGAUGUGCUGAGAGUGAUGAGGCAUCAUCUUGUGCAGUGUAUGGCGGAUGCCGUUGCUGAAUUGCCUCAGGACCGUGUCAACUUGCGUUAUGGUGCGAGAGUCACCGACAUACAACACGUGGACGAUCAGGGAGAUGGCGAGGGAACAGUUCGUGUUGACGUGCACUUUGAUGCCGAUAAGUCGCACGAAUCUAUCAGUUGCGAUAUCCUCCUCGGGUGCGACGGGAUACACUCUGUCGUUCGGACCAUGGUUGUGGAUCGUGAAAGGAAGAAGACCUAUUCUGGCCGUGCCAUCGCCUACGGCUACGUCAAAUGUGAUUCCCCUGGACAUGUUGAUGUGGCAACAUCAAGCGGAAAGCCAAUCCUGCGGGACUCUACUAUGGUUCAAGGUCAUAAUGGGUCGUUCUUGAUGACCUACUUUGAACCAUCGAGGGCAAAGGUGUAUGCCCUAGCGAUGAUGCCAAUGGCAGAGAACCAAGACGCACGGGAAGGAUGGAAGGCUUUGGGAGAAGACAAAGUCACACUUAGACGGGAUAUUGCGGCUCGCUUCAAGAAAGGCAGCAUCAACGGACUGGAGACCAUCAUUAACGAAAGCGAUUGGUACUUCUAUCCUGUCUAUAUGCUUCCUCCAGAAGGAAGAUGGAGGAAGGGGAGAGUGCUUCUUCUGGGAGAUGCCGCUCACGCUAUGCCACCCCAGGGCGAAAGUACCGGUAUCGCUAUUGAAGAUGCUGUCCUGUUCUCCCACGUACGCGGCAAAGGUAUAUCAAAGGGUGUCCCUUAUAUAAUGGAGGCCUACGAGGCCUUAAGACGGGGUGACAUUAAGAAGCUGCACGAUGAGACGAUGUUUCGCUGGAACGCUGGAAAUUCGUCUUCAUGGCUAUGGAGUAUCUUGAUGGAAUUCGCGACUUGGAUCUAUCUUCUGCUCAAAAAUCAUCAACAGGAAGAUUACUUCAAGCGGGACCUAUCAUUGCGUGCCUGCAACCUUGCACCAAGAAAGUCAUCUAUUGGCGGUGGCCGUUAG